CUGUGUCUUUCUUUUAACGUUUGCCUUUUUUUUUCUUUCCGCCAACCCUUUUCUUUUCUCUCUCCCUCAUUUUUUCCUUCCUCUCAAUAACUAAAUAUAUGGAAUCGGAUCUCUCCAGCUCGCGAAUUACUUCGUCCAUGCAAUCUUUAUUAAGCGAUGACGAUGCAGACGACGAUCUAUCAAUGGCGUCGAAUCGAGCAGCAGGAGCAGCGCGUCCGUGGUCCUAUGCAUCGAGUAACCCGCGGAGCUCGUUGACAUCGCCGUCGUCGCCCUCUGCAUCUCCAGCAGUAGCACGACGAGCCAUGGCAGCAACAGCACGUCACCAAGAAGCAGAUAUUGGCGACACGCCUCGACUCUAUUCUAUACGGAAACAACCGUCGUCUCAAUCCUAUUUGAGCUCUCGCCUAGAAAAGUCAAGCUCGGAACCGAAUCUUUUGGAAGAACUAGCAUCUGCUCAGUGUCGACACUCAUCGCCUCCUCCUCCUCCUCCUCCUCUUCCUCCGCCAUCCUCAUUAUCACAGCAACCCUCUCCACAACAUCAUCAUCAUCUAUUACCAGCACAAUCACAGCCAACAUCGGCUGGAUCCAUCUUACAGACAUCAUCGUCGUCGUUAGCACAUACCAAUUAUAACAGCAGCGAUGAUGAAAACGUGAUGGGCGUGGAUAUUACAGAAAACGGGGCAAAGGAUGCCAUGCUAAAGCUGGAACCGGCAGAACUGCAGCAUUUCCGGAGAUGGGUUAUUGGCUUUUGUAUCGUCAACUUUGAUCUGGAGAUUGGACAAGCGCUUGAUUAUGUGUAUCCGCCUAUGGAACUCACAGACGACGAAAAGAAAAACAUCUGUUUUUCAGCGUUCCCAGACUCAAACGUGUUUGAAGUGGGCGAUCAAGUGUACAAUGUCCGAGUGCGCGCCAGUACUGCUGGAUUGGCUGUAUCUGGACCAACAACCAGCGCGGGAUUCCUUUAUGGUUAUGUUUUCUUUCGACAGAAAAAGGAUCCACGAAUUCGUCGGGGCUAUUUCCAGAAAUCAUUGGUGCUAUUGUCACAGCAUCCCUAUGUUGGGCUGUUCUCUCGGAUAGUGGCUAUUUUGGGCCCUUCGUUCUUUGACACCGGUCAGCCCAUGUUGGAGGCUGCAUGCAUGAAUAUCGCUCAUUGGGGUGCAGUGAUUGAAGGCAAAGUUCUUGAUUUACCUUUUCUGGGGCAAUUACUGCAAGUCGAGAUCUCCCGUCCGUACGAACCUCAGUUGUUAGAAACGACAUCAUUCGAUAUGAACAGAUUACAACCAGAUAUGCAGAUCAUGGCUUCCUUACCAGUCGGGGGAUUAUACCAUCAUUUCAAAGAUAUCCUUCAAGACUUGUGGCUAUUAUGGGAGUUGAUGCUGUUAGCAGAACCAUUGGUUGUGAUAGCACCGGAUCCAGGUGUCUGCAGUGAGGCGGUGGUAUCAAUGGUGGAUCUCAUUAAUCCCAUCCCUUAUUGCGGAGACUAUCGUCCAUACUUUACGAUUCAGGAUACAGAUUUCAAAUCGUUUGUCACGAAAAGCAAGCCACCGACAAACCUUAUCCUUGGAGUUACCAACCCAUUCUUCAAUACUGCGAUUGAACACUGGCCGCAUGUGGUGCGGGUAGGCAGACAGCAAUUAAGGAAACCGGACGGCACUUUGAUAUCUGCCCACGGUAAUCAUGUAAGGACGCAUAAACCCAAGGCCGGCUUGGGUGCCAAGUCCAAUAUCCUAUUUGAAUUUGUUCAGGGGGUGACAUCGAAGCGUAAGGCAGUUAUUGCCAAGGACCGACAACUGCUCAAGAUGCUGACAGAAGCAAGCAUGCGUGGACAUCCACCGGAUUGGGUGCUUAAUAACAUGUUGCGACGGCACUUUGUGGAUCUCACGGGAAAGUUCCUCGUGCCACUGGAUCGCUAUUUUAGCACGCUUAUACCUGCACCCGUGCAAUACCAGACGGACGCUGUUGCUGGGCCUCCUCAAUUGAGACCGUUCCAGACCGAGCAGUUCAUCAAGUCGCUCAAGGAACAUCAACGGCAGCUGCCGUUCAAAUCCACGUUCAAGACUCGCACAGCAACCGCAGAUCCCUUGCGAGAUCUGUACGCACAGUUCUUAAAGUGCGGCAACUUUGCGACAUGGCUGCAGCAUCGCACAACCGAGGCACAGAACGAGAUCAUGAAGCAGUACAUCCAAAGGCUGGUCGAGGAAGCAGACUCGCGGAGCUCGGUCGACUUGAAAUCCCGUAUUCGGGAUGUGCUGUACCCGUCGUCGUCAUCGACACUUUCCAGCUUCUCGGCGACGGAGCAGCAGCGAGACCAAUUGAUGCGCGCAUUGGGCGAACGGGACUAAGAAAAAGACAAGAACAAGAAAACAAGCUGCACAAAGAUUUGCUAAAUUGGGACAGCCUUGGGCACACAGCAACGUGUCCGGGCUGGCUUUUUAUGGCAGGGUGCCAACAGCUUUACUUUGUUCUAUUUUUUAUUCGUCUUUCUCUCCUCUCUUUCUCUCUCUUCUUCUCUUCACACUUACACACUUACACACACACACACACACACAACGCCCCUUUCUUUCUUUCUUUCUUUCUUUCUCUCCAUUCCCAUCCGCUUCUCUCUUUCUAUCUUUGUUCUUCAAACUGCGUCGCAGCACACAUCACAUACACCCCAACUCAUACCUUUGCAUUAACCCUUAUUCAUGUCCAGCUUUUCAUCUAAACUCUCGAGGGUCCGCUCCGUCAAACUAUCUGCCUUUGCCCAUCGACAACAACAACAACAACAACAACAACGCUCACCGUCACCGAACCCGCCGCCAUCAUCCUCCACGCCAUCACAGCAG